ACGGCGGGCGAAGACAGUUUUCAGCAUGGUUGUUGCAAAGUCCGUCCCGAAACCAAAGUCCCACAAACCAGCCUCAAAGAAAAAGCAGGUGUUAAAGUUCAGCAUAUGUAUUUCCCCUGGAGUUAUUGAUGAAGAUAUAGUUAGCCCCAGUUUACUGGAAAAAUAUUUGAAAGAACGCAUUAAAGUGAAUAAAAAGCUUAAUAAUCUCGGAAAAGAUGUUCAUGUGGAACGUGACAAAUCAACCAUACAUGUUACCUCAAACAUCCCUUUUUCUAAAAGGUAUCUGAAAUAUCUUACCAAGAAAUUUCUCAAACGUCACAAACUACGAGAUUUCCUCCGUGUUGUGGCCAAAUCAAAGGAUUCUUAUGAGUUACGGUUCUUCAACUUUGAGAAUGAAGAUACUGAUGAUGAAGAAGAGAGUUGAUCCUUGUACGUAAUAAAUGCAUGAAUGCGG